AUGGCCGACUUUACUGAAUAUGGCAGGCCAAGCGCCGAAUGGAUCGCUCUUGAGCCUACGCUGCCUGAGCCCCCCAAGGAUCUCUCGGCGGAACAAUUGAAGACUUUAUUAAACAAGGGUCGUGAGGCAGCCGCCGCCCAAGAUAUGAUUGACGGCCUCGGUGCCGCAGUUCAAUUGCACGACUACACAAUCACAGCUCGCGACGGCGCGCCCCUCCAAGCGCGUACCUACCGCCCAGUCGGCGUCCCAAACUCCGAGCGCCUGCCUGUUUACGUCCAUCUCCACGGUGGAGGUUUUCUUUUCGGGACACUUUCUUCUGAAGAUGCCAUUUGCUCGCGGAUUGUCACCUCACGUACCCAGAAGGGUACCCCAGUCGUGGUCUUGAACGUCAACUACCGACACGCCCCCGAAUAUCUCUAUCCGACUGCUUGGAACGACGCUGAAGAUGCGUUUGUCUGGUUACAUGAGAACAUGGCCGAGAUUGGCGGGAUCAGUGAGCAGGUUGUUGUGGGUGGUAUUUCAGCUGGUGCAUGGUUGACUGCGUCGUUGGCGCUGGCUCAACUGCGCGGCGAGGAUAGGCGCUUAGCGGCCUGCCCCAAGAUCGCGGGACAGGUCCUCAUGAUUCCGUGUCUUGUACAAUGGGAUUACUAUGCACCGAGACUGGAACAGCUCAAGCAUCCUGAUUUGUCGAGCUUUGUGCAAUGUGCCGAGGCGCCAGUCCUGCCAGUGGCUCGAAUGAAAUUAUUCAACGGACUUCUCGGGCUCAAUAACAUCAAGGAUGCUGCUGGGGAUCGUCGGAUGAACCCCGGAAAUGCUACGGCGGAAGAGGUCAAGGACUUGCCGCCGACGACGUUUGGAAUCGCGGGAAAUGACCCAUUGAGAGAUGAGGGUUUAUUCUAUGGACAGCAUCUCGCUGCGAACGGCAUUCCCACUAAUGUUAAUGUCUUCCCCGGUGUCCCUCAUGGGUUCAGGAGGUACAAGCAGCUGCCCGACUGCAAAAGGUGGGAUGAGGUUAUGAGCGAUGGCAUUGCCUGGGCACUGACAAAGCCUGCGCCUCGUCCAUUUGAGAUUAAAUCCAAAUAA